AUGGCAGCUCAAGCAAUAAAUAUACAAAAUUUAACUGCAGUAUUGCAAGUAUUGGAAGGAGAUUUACAAGCUUUAGGACAACCAAAUAGUGCAUUACUAGAGGGUGAUGAUAUAAAACUAAUGAUAAUUCAUUCAAAUCUAUCUUUAUUCAAAGCCUAUCUCACAGUUAGAAUGUACUUCAAAGUCACUUUAAAAAUACUGUAUGAACAAAAUGAAGAAGAUACUGAUAAAGAAAAAAGUGAAGAUGAUGAAGUAGUCUAA